GGUAGGGGGCGCUAACAGCCGUGUUUCCUGUGAGGAGCAGCUCAGGUGUCCUCCACUGAACACAUGUCCCACAGUCUGCAGGUCUGCCUCACAGCCAGACUCUGCUUCAUCGUGUUAACAUGAAUCUCCUGAAUUCCUCAUCAACAUUGCCAAAGAAACAUAUUUGGACUCAUUGUGGAAAAACUCUCAUUUCAUUGUUUUCAGUAAACAGUCACUUUACAGCGUGAGUGAAUGACAAAUAAGAGCUCCUGUGUGAGAAAACUUUAAUAAUAAAUCCAUCAGCGGUCCUCCCCUUUACUCCCUCUCCCGCCUCCAGUCUCUGAUUGGCUCUCAGCAGGCAAACGUCCCACCCACGCGUCCUGUGAUUGGUCCAGGUAGCUGCCCAUCAUCGGGGGAGCGCCCGGCUCCGGCUUUGGGCAGCAGAGACGCACCGCUGCUCCUCUUCUCUGCUGUUUAGUGCGUCGAGCGGCGGAGGGAAGUGGAGUUUGCGCGUCUUCUUGUGCGUCUGUGGACCAAAGAGCAGCAGCAACAGCAGCAGCAGCGGUGCGCUUUUCCUCCUCCAGAGCCGCGGGCAUCCCGGGGAGCAGCCAGGCCGUGCGCGCCUCGGACACAAGGAGGAGGAGGAUUUCUUCUUCUUCAUUGUUAUUUUGGCUGAUUGAGACAGGCGUAUUUUUCAUUUCCCUCAUGGUAACCAACACUGAGCAGUCGGAGACAUGUGGAAUAAUCUGGGGAAACUGCACCGCCUCUCACUAGUGUGUCUCCUCCUGACGCUGUGGGCUGAGGUGUCUCAGUCCACGGGUUACUUCGAGCUGCAGUUGAUUUCGGUGGAAAACCCUAAAGGUCAGCUCCUGAACGGCGACUGCUGCGACGCGGAGAAGAGCGCGGCGGAGGGCCACUGCGGCGCGGACGAGUGCGACACCUACUUCAGAGUGUGUUUAAAGGAAUACCAAACGGAGGUCACGACAAAUGGACCGUGCAUAUACGGCUCGGAAACUACUAAGGUUAUCGGUGGGAAUACUUUUCAGUUCAAAUCCGGCCAGAAAAGCGGACAGAACCGGAACAGCGAUGCCGGGAAGAUCACCAUUCCCUUCCAGUUCGCGUGGCCGCGAGCGUACACUGUGAUAGUGGAAGCGUGGGACAAAGACAACGGCACACACAGCAACGAUGAGGAGCUGCUGAUUGAGCGCAGCAUACACAAAGGCAUGAUCAAUCCCGGAGAGGAGAAGCAACCGGUGGAGUAUAAAACCGUGAUCGCCAGCCUCGAGUACACCAUCCGGGUACGCUGCGACGAACAUUACUACGGCAGCAAGUGCAACAAAGUUUGCCGGCCCCGCGACGACUACUUUGGCCACUAUGUGUGUGACCAGUUUGGGAACAGAGAAUGCAUGGAGGGCUGGACAAAUCUUACAUCAAGCUGCAAAACAGCCAUCUGCAAACAAGGAUGCAGCGUCGAGCAUGGGGUGUGCAGCGUGCCGGGGGAAUGCAAGUGUAACUACGGCUGGCAGGGUCCGCUCUGUGAUGAGUGCCUGCCGUAUCCCGGCUGUGUUCACGGCACCUGCAACGAGCCCUGGCAGUGCACCUGUGAGAAGAACUGGGGAGGUCUGCUGUGUGACAAAGAUCUGAACUACUGCGGGACCAACCGGCCCUGUAAGAACGGAGGGACGUGUAUGAACACUGAGCCAGACGAGUAUAACUGCGCCUGUCCAGACGGCUACUCUGGCAAGAACUGCGAGAUCGCGGAGCACGCCUGUGUGUCCAACCCCUGUGCCAAUGGAGGGACGUGUCACGAGGUCUCAUCAGGCUUUGAGUGUCACUGCCCGGCAGGCUGGUCCGGGCCGACCUGCGCUCAAGACACUGAUGAGUGUGCCUCCAGCCCCUGUGCUCAGGGUGGAACCUGCAUCGACAUGGAGAACGGCUUCGAAUGCCUCUGCCCUCCACAGUGGACGGGCAAGACCUGCCAGAUAGACGUUGAUGAGUGUGCGGUGAAGACUUGCCAAAAUGCUUACUCUUGCAAAAACUUGAUUGGUGGAUAUCACUGUGUCUGCUUUCAUGGAUGGGUGGGCCAGAACUGUGACGUCAAUGUGAACAACUGCCACAGUCAGUGUCAGAACGGAGGGACUUGCAAGGACACGACCAGAGGCUACCAGUGUGUUUGCCAGGCGGGAUUCAUCGGUCGGCACUGUGAGAUUCAGAGAAACCGCUGUGCCAGCAGUCCCUGUAGGAACGGCGGCCGCUGCCACACCCUGCUCGAUGGGUUUAUAUGUGAAUGCCCUCAGGGCUUCACUGGUACAACCUGUGAGGUCCAGAAUGACCCGUGCAGCCCAAAUCCAUGUCGCAACAAGGCCCAGUGCCACAGCCUGAUAGGAGAUUUCUACUGCAGCUGCCCAGACGACUAUGAGGGCAAAACCUGUUCAGAGCUCAAGGACCACUGCAAGACCAACCAGUGUGAAGUGAUUGACAGUUGCACCGUUGCUGUGGCGACCAAUGACACCCAGAAGCGGGUGUGGCACAUCUCGUCCAAUGUGUGCGGCCCCCACGGCCGCUGCAUCAGCCUGCCUGCUGGGAACUUCAGCUGCUCCUGUGAGCCGGGAUUCACUGGCACCUACUGCCACGAGAACAUCAAUGACUGUGCAUCAUCUCCCUGUAAGAAUGGAGGCACUUGCAUCGAUGGGAUAAACUCCUUCCAGUGUUUCUGCCCAGACGGCUGGGAAGGCCGUCUGUGUGAUGCUGAUGUGAAUGAGUGCAACAGGAACCCGUGUCAGAAUGGAGGCCAAUGUGUCGACCUGCUCAAUGACUUCUAUUGUAACUGUGUGGACAACUGGAAAGGAAAGACCUGCCACUCACGUGAGAGCCAGUGCGACUCCACUACCUGCAGUAAUGGAGGGACGUGUUACGACCACGGAGACUCCUUCCUGUGUAGCUGCCCCUUAGGCUGGGGUGGCAGCACCUGCAACACAGCCAAGAACAGCACGUGUGACUCGGGUCCGUGUGAGAACGGCGGAACGUGUGUCGGAGGGGGCGACGCCUUCACCUGUAUCUGUAAGGACGGCUGGAAGGGACCCACCUGUGCACAGAAUGUCGAUGACUGCAAUCCACAUCCCUGCUACAAUGGUGGCAUCUGCGUCGAUGGUGUGAACUGGUUCCGCUGCGAAUGCGCCCCGGGAUUCGCCGGACCUGACUGCCGCAUCAACAUCGAUGAGUGCCAGUCGUCUCCUUGUGCUGAAGGUUCGACCUGCAUGGACGAAAUCAACGGCUACCGCUGCGUUUGUCCUCCAGGCCACGCCGGACCUCGCUGUAAAGAGUUCAUCGGACUUGGGAAGUCGUGUCGUCACUCUGGCUUGCAGUUUCCUCACGGCAGCCGGUGGGAGGAGGAGUGUAACACCUGCCAGUGUGUCAACGGAAACGUUCGCUGCUCCAAGGUGAGGUGUGGCCGUCGUCCCUGCCUCCUCCCCAAAGCUCUGCCUCCUGCGGACGCGAACGCUCCGUCCUGCCCCGGAGGUCACGAGUGUGUGGAGCAUCAGUUCCUCACCUGCUUCUUGCCUCCCUGCCACCAGUGGGGGGUGUGUUCAACGCCGGACCCCCCAACUCCCCUGCACACACAGUGUGAGCCCAACAGUGGUUACCUUGACAACAGCUGCGCUCGCAUCACGCUCAUCUUCAAAAAGGACAAAGUGCCACAGGGCACCACUGUAGAGAACAUCUGCUCCGAGCUGAGGUACCUCCCCGUGACUCAGACGCUGGCUGAGGAGCGUGCGCUGCUCAUCCUCUGUGACCUGUCCUACUCCAACAGCGAUGCCGUGGAGGUCGCCAUGUCCUUCGAGCAGGACGGGCGGUCGAAGGACAGCGACCGUGGACAGAUUCAGAAAGCAGCCAGCGCCAUCAUCAGUGCGCUGUCCAAACGCCACAACAGCACCGUCAUGUUGGCCGUGGUGGAAGUCAAAGUGGAGACGCAGGUGGACUCGCCGCCUGUUGGUUACCUGGUCCCGGUGCUGUGCGUCGUCUUCAGCGUCCUCUGGAUCUUCUGCAUCGUUGUUUGCGUUUGGUGGACCCGCAAAAGGAAGAAAGAGCGCGAGAGAGCGGCCCGAUCCGAGGACACGACGGUCAACAACCAGCUGGAGCCGCUGCGGAGCAACGCCCGCAAGGACAACCGCGACAAAGACAUUCAGUACGAAUGCAAGAAACUGAUGGGCCCCUCGGACAGGACGUGCGACGGGGCCGAGGGCGAGGAGGAAGGGGAGCAGGAGGGGGAGCAGGAGGAAGACGAGGAAAGGGCGCUGGGCGUGGGGGAGAAGCGUCCGCCGCAAAAGUGCGGCGCGGCGGGGGCUCAGGACAGGGGGCUGAUGGGUAAGGGAGGGGUCAUCUGCACGUCGCGCAGCGGUCCAGUCAAGGCGCCGCACCGGACGGCGUACAGCCCCAAAGACAACCGGUGUAAGAACCUGAAUGCUGCCAAGCUCAGCGAGGACAUUAAAGACCACUAUGUAUGAACACGAGAGGAAUCACAGGAAGAACCUGCGAUGUCCUUAACGUCACUGACUUUUCAACUCUUAAAAGCACCAAAAGUGAAGAUUACAGAGGCUGUAAUUUUCUGUUUUUGUGUUUGUCACACCUUAUUUAAUUUCUUCUCCUGCAGCACGGAGGCUUAUUUUACCAAAAAACAACAAAAAAAUGCAGAAAAACUACAAAAAAUGACUUGGAAAAUAAACACCACAGCUUCUGGAUUUCAGUUUAAUCGUGUUUGGAAUCGAGAAGAAUUUUGUUUUCAGCGCUCCUUUUCUGUUUACAGACGGUGGCUGUUUUCAGUACUGACGCUUACCUUUUCUUCUUUUGUCUUUUUGACCUUGGAGAUCCGACUGAACGUCAUUGGCUGGCAGCUGUUAACGAUGUUUCUACUGAUUGGUGCAUUCGGUUCCUGUCUGCCUUAGCCCAAACCCGCGGGCCUUUUCUACACUGUCUUCAUAUCGUGUCUUUUUAUUAAAACAAAAACCACAAACAAACAAAAAAAAAAAAGAUUUUCUAUAUGUUUAAGUCUUUGAAAGGUGGCACAGAGGAUCCACUGUAUCAUACCUGGCCUGAGCAUUUUUUUUGUUUACAUUCAUUUCCAUUUUGUGUUAAGGUUUAAAGGUUCUUAACCUUUAAAAUAGUUGUGUCACUGCUCCCUGCAAGUCUCCUUGAUGAUUUUUCAGUAUUUACUUUUGGUAGUAAAGUGCCUUCAGCCCAGAUUUUUGUCUCCUUUUCUCUCCUCCUAUAGAGUUUAUGCAGAAUUUAAAUGCCUAUAAAGGGAAAGAUGUCCAAGUAACAACUCUUCAUACCACAGUAAAGGUUAUUUUCAUUGCAAUGUACAUAUGUAAAUAGGAAAAAAUGGCUGUGUAUAUUUGAAUUUAGUAACUUAAGUCAUGCUUUGUAUCAUAGUUAUUUUAAAGAAUACGUUUUUGUGGUUGUUUUUUAAACGAUGUCAUUCCGUUUGUUCGUGUCUGUUGACACUUUGACAGGUUUUAUACGGAUGUUUUCGGACCGUGUCCAGGGUCCCGCUGCGUCAUGAGCGUUGGUUUGAAGAGACGAACAGGUCAUGGUUGUUUUUAGGUGUAAUGGUUACUUGUUGCAGCUGUUCAUUGAGAGCAGCGCUGACUGAGAGCUCAUGAAGCUCAUCUCAGUAGUCCCGUUCAUUUCAGCCGACGCUUUCGGAGGGAAAUCUGAUGUUUGAGGGACUUUUGAUCUCUUAAUUAACAGAUUCUGACGCUCCUGACGAUUAACUUCUCUAAAUCAGUUUAAGUUAAAUUUAUUAAUUAUCUUCUAUACUUACAAAUCCAAAUCACCCUGCAUUUCAGCUCUGAGUUUGGAUGUCCUAGUGAGCACAUUGUGUAAGAGUCCUUCUACGCCCACAUUCAAUUCAAAACCUGCAGAAGCUCGUCUAAAUGGCAGUGAUUUCAGUGCUGCCUUUCAGAAAGGCAGGCUCUACGUAAUGUUUUAAGUCAGUCCACUGACAUUUCUGUUGAGAAUACUGCAGGACUUUGUCUGCACUUCAUGCUGGUGUUUUCCAUCCUGCUGACUGUAUGUAAAUAAAUUAAAAACAUCCUGUUAGCGUCCUGUGCACAGGCAGGUAAUGUUGGCAGCAACCAGUAUGUCUCCAGCAGGGACACGAUGGAUUCUCUUUGGGAGUAAGAUAUGCAGAAAGAGAAAUGUACAGCCCUCUCUGCUCAGAGUGUCCAAGUGAGUGUUGGCUCGUGCCUGAACAUUUCAUUAGAGUCGGCCGACGCUGUGAUUGAAGAGACUGGAUUGGUGUGUUUCAUCGUUUUCUGUCCCUUCAAUGUUUGAGAGGCUCCUGUUGUUUCAGGGUUUUCCUCAGACCUUCUGAGGAGCUCUGCUGCAUGCUGUCUAAUCCAUGUCUUGCUGUUGAUUAGGGACAACAAACGGCACAAAAUAAAGUCGCCUUAUGUGUUGUGUGAAAGCGACGCCGAUGAUUUCUAUUUUCAGUACACACUUGCGGGGUCAGAGGGUCCAAACAACUUGAAAACACUGCUGCCAGUCUGUCUUUAGCCCGAUCAAAGACGGUCGGUUAUAAAAUCACCAUUUCACAGUGUGUUGACAGUGGAGAUGCCAUGCAGGGCAGCAUGGUGUUAAGUGAGUAUGAAAACCCUUCUUGACCCUGCUGAAGUGCCGCAUUACGGUCGAAAGGUGUGUGUUUUGAAUGGGAGUGAGUGUGUAUCCCAGACUGUUUUCCCUCUUUAGCCCCGUCUCUCCUCGUGUGUCUAUUCUGGUCUAAUGAAGGGAACAAGUUGUGUUGUUGUUGAUGUUGUGCUUGUUGUUCAGUGUUUGUAAAGCAUCUGUUUGUGCACUAAGAACACACAGGAGAAGAGGAACGUUUAGCAUUACCUCCACGGUGGUGGUGAAAAAACAAAAAGCAAAUCAAAUAUUGUCACUAUUUGUGGAUGAAAAUUCAGUUUUCAUUAUUCUGUUUUUGUUAUUGAUGCCGAUGAGAAUCAUGUAAAGCCCAAAUUCACUUUGUGUCAGUAAAUUUUACUUUGUGUUAGUCCCACAGGAGGGGCUGAAUGUGCAGAACAUUGUAAUUAUUUUGUACAAAAUUUGGUAAAAGUCUUGGUUUGUUAGUGGAAAUUUUUUGUUUGUUCUUAGAACAAUCCUAUUAUUUAUUAAAGUAUUUUAUACCAAA